CACCUCGUCGCUGGCUGAACAUUGCCGCUCUCCGCCCAGUCGCGAUAAAUCGAAUUCUCCGAUUUAUGUUGUGCACGCCGCCGCGUUCGUUGGCGAGGGCCGUGAAGUGCGCCGCCAUAGUCCUAGCCCGCCGUACCUUUGUAGCCGCCGCCGCCGCCGCUGCAGUCGCGCGGAGUGCCGAAGUGUGUACAUAUAAAUGGCGGCUGACGAAAAAUGGUACUUUACGAAAGAACAGCUUGCAAACACACCGAGCAGAAAGUGCGGCAUCGAUGCGGAUAAGGAAUUGAGCUACCGGCAGCAGGCGGCCAAUUUCAUCCAGGAUAUGGGACAACGGCUAGUGGUAUCGCAAUUAUGUAUCAAUACAGCAAUUGUAUACAUGCAUCGUUUCUACGUAUUUCACUCGCUGUCACAGUUUCACAGAAACUCUAUAGCGGCAGCAGCUCUUUUUCUAGCGGCAAAAGUAGAAGAGCAGCCCAGAAAGUUGGAACAUGUCAUCAAAGUGGCACAUAUGUGCCUUCACAGAGAUACGCCGGCUCUUGACACAAAGUCUGAGCAAUAUUUGGAACAAGCUCAGGACUUGGUGUUUAAUGAGAAUGUCCUGCUUCAAACUUUGGGGUUCGACGUUGCUAUUGACCAUCCCCACACACAUGUUGUUAGGUGUUGUCACCUAGUAAAAGCGAGCAAGGACUUAGCCCAGACUUCGUACUUCAUGGCAUCUAACAGUUUGCAUUUGACAACAAUGUGUCUCCAAUACAAACCCACUGUAGUUGCUUGUUUCUGUAUUCAUCUCGCGUGUAAAUGGUCUAAUUGGGAAAUACCUCAAAGUAAUGAAGGGAAAUACUGGUUCUGGUAUGUUGACAAAUCAGUGACGUCCGAAUUAUUGGGACAGCUCACUGGAGAGUUUUUGCACAUAUUUGAUAAGUGUCCUUCGAGGCUCAAACGAAAAAUUCGGAGUAUUUCAGCAAACCAAAGUCCAAAUAUGUCUCAUCCAACAUUAUCUAAUUCGCCAUUUGACGCUGAACCACGUAAGGUUCAAUCACCGGCGAAUGCCGAUGGCGGCCUUUGUUUCCAAUCAAAUCGGCCGUUCCAUCCGGAGAAGUCUGAGACGGACUCGACAAAAAAAUCCAGCUCUUCAAUAUCCGGGCGUACAUCCGUCGACUAUCGGGAGUACCGCGAGAAAAAGGAGCGUGAACGCCUCGAGCGUGAGAAAGUCGCAGCCGCGAAUGCCUUGACGGUUUCUCUGAGCGUAGAUCCGAGCAAACACCACUCGCAUCAUCACAAGCAAAGUUCAUCUAGUGUGGGUGCGCCAAAUAAACACACGAGCUCUGCAUCCUCGUCGUCGAGCGUCAUGAAGCAGGCUGUGCAUCACAAUCAUCACCACAGCUCGCGACAAGAUGUAAAGUCCUCUUCCCAAAUAAUGAUUCAACGACACUCGACGGUCAGUAGUCAGCCACGUGAUUUAAAUCGCGAUAGGCAGAGAAUGUCGCGAGAAUAUAACUCUACGAGCAACACGAGCGGUGGUACUGUUUAUUCCCAUGGUCACUCGCUGGAUAACUGCCUUGAUCCUGUCUUGAAUAGUCUCGCCCAAGAUUCGUCUACUAUUCACCCGCCUGAGAAGCUCAGCAAUAAUGUACAUAAGUCCUCGUCGCACGACGGUCGAACAAACGAUCCAAGGCAUCCUAAGCAACAACAACAGCAACAGCAACAGCAGCAACAGCCGAAGGAUGUCAUAAAGCCUUACACCAAAUACCCCGAACCAGCGUCCACGUCGUCACGGACAUCGAGGAAGCCAGAUAUGCUUGAACAGAGAAGCGAGGAGGUAAGGAAGCUUAUCGAGAAGCCCUUACCACCUCCAAAACCGAGAGCGGAGGUGCUAAAAGAAGAAUAUGCGGCGAUGAUGUUAAAACAAUCGCAUCAUCCGUCUAAGUAUGGACAUCAGCCUGAAAAGCCAGUUGCUAACACGACACAAGGGGUCGCCUUACCGAUGAUAGAAUCGAAAAUGCUAAACGUCGGUCAGACGGCUUUCUCGGUUGAAAAAUCACCCAACGCGCCUGUCUCAGCCUCACAAAUACCCCAUAAGUCAUUAUCAGCCUCUUCCAAGGUUAAUCAAAUACUGCCGAUGAAGAAUGGAAGUUCAUCAUCGUCGUUGUUAGCGUCGUCAACUUCUUCCACGGCAGCCUCUGCUUCGCUCGGCUUACUUAACAAUCUUGACGAUGCCAAGGCAGAGAAGAGGCCACGAGGGCAGCAACAGCAGCAAGAUGGCUGUGCUGUUUUGCAAACGUCACCGGCUCCGAUAAAGCACAGAUCACUCUUCAGCCCAGAAAAGACUCCGACCCCGUCACCAAGGGAGUCUUCGCACUCCCAGAGGUCAAAGCAAAAGCAGAAAACAUCUCCAGCCUUGCCCAAACAGGAUCUAUUGCCGUCCUUUACGAAUCCCAGUCCCGCGCAGCUCACUUCGGAAACGCUACAACUGAAACAGAGGCUGUCGAAUAGUACGAGUUCAACGUCUUUAUCCUCGCAGAAGCAACACCGAGGUGGGAGCAGUAAUGUCGACACCGUCCUUGAUCAAGACACUAAACAUCACCUACCGGAAGGACAGUCUCGCAGAGUUGGUUCAAGUUUUAGUAUACAAGAACCAGCGAUGAUCAUAGGCAACCGCAUUCCGGAUCUCGCACAGUCGGCGAAGGAUAACUCUUUGGGUAGUAGUAAGCCCGUAGUAGCUUCCAUAACCGAUGUAAAGCCAGCUCUCGAGAGCAUCAAGUCCUUCGAUAGCAUCGACCCUAUAAUUUUGACUACUUCAAAUCAACGGCACAAGCAGCAGCAGCAGCAGCAGCAGCAGCAGCAGCAGCAGCAGCAUCAUGGCCUCAGUAAUGGAUUGGAUGCGAGUAUUGUGAAACAAGAGUAUUCGACGAUUGAUCCAUCCAGCUUCCUCGUAAAACUCGAGCCACCUGAUGAGUUGUUGAGCAACGAGAUACCAACGGAUCUGAUGUUCAUGAAGCAAGAGCAGCCAAAGCUCUCCGACUAUCUGUCGUUCCACGAUUCAAUAGCGAAGAACGAAGUCGUGGACGAUUUGGAACUCAGCAACUUAAAACAGGAAAGCUUCUCGCCACUAAAAUCCGCGCAAAGUAUCAGCGCAUUGCUGCAGGAACCUCUCGCGCCCAUGCCUUCGUUGCUUCAACAAGUGCCGAGCUACGAGCAGCCACAGCAACAGCACCAGCUCAUCGUCGAGGAAAAGGUCGUACCGCAAUUGCAGCCGGAGCCGCUACUUCCCUCAACCGUGGACAUGAGCGAGCUCGCUGGUCCUAUACAGUGCACGGUGGAUGUGCCGGCAUCGUCCGUAACGAUCGCGGUCGCGGCCGUACCCGUUCCCGUCCCUAUUGUUUCCGCACCCGUCACCGUUCAGCCAGUGGAGGAAAAGAAGUCCGAGCAUCGAAGCAAAAGCGAAAAGAAAAAAAAGGAAAAGAAGCACAAACAUAAGGACAAGGACAAAUCCAAGGACAAGCAUAAGCACAAGCACAAGGACAAGGACAAGGAGAAGCACCAUCGCGACAAAAGUGAACGGGAGAAAGAUAAUAAGACUGAAGAGGGCAGCGGCUCGACAAGCGGCAACGCGUCCCUCGGCACUAUACCUAUUAAAAUUACUAUACCUAAGGACAAGCUGAAUCUGAGCUCGGAAUCGAUUGGAAGCUCCUCCUCCACUAUGACUACCACGAGCAGUAGCAGCAGUCUCAAGAUCAAGAUACCCAAAGAGCGACUGAAAGGUGCGGAAGUUUCGACACAUCAGCAUCAACAGCAGCAACAUCAUCAUCAUCAUCAUCAUCACCAUCAUCAUCAACAACAACAGCAGCAGCAACAGCAGCAGCAAGUUGCAUCUCAGCAACAAGCACCUUUAAAAAUCAAGAUACGUACCGAUGCGUUGUCCAGGAGCGCGAGCGAACUGCAGAUGCCAUCCCAGCUGGAUGGGAACAGCGGCAGCAGGAAGCGUGAGCGCGUCGACACGAUAGAUGGGUCGGGCGCGGGUGCGCCGCCAGCCAAAAAACAGCAGCAGCAGCAGCAGCAGCAGCAGCAGCAACGCCAAAACGGCCGGCAUAACUCGUAUAAUUCGGGCAGCAAUGACAAGCCGGACCGAUUUUACGAAGCCGUCGAAGUUAAAACAGAUUCGGGUGAAGCCGUCGAGGGACUUCCGAAGAAAUUCGUACCCACGAGCUACGGUUCGUCCCCGAAAUUUUACUCCUAA